UGUGCCGCACGCGGAUGCAAGCGUCCCCGUGCACGCUUCACGUGUAAGAUGCAGUGGACCGGAGGCGCAGCUCAGCGCGUGCGCAGUAACGUGGGCAGUCAAUGCACAGAGCUCACAUAAUCACUCUGGGGACGCGGGUGUGGUGUGCUUUCAAAAUGAGUCGCCUUCCGUCCGCCUAGCGGGUGGAGGAAUGAAUUACGGCCGAGUGGAGGUGCAAUAUAACGGGAUAUACGGGAGUGUCUGUGACACGAACUGGGACUACAGAGAUGCCAAAGUCAUUUGCAAUAUGCUUGGCCUCUCAUAUGGGAAACCUCUCAGGAAUUCCAGAUUCGGUGGCGGUAAAGGCAUCAUAUGGCUAAACAAUGUGAACUGCCAGGGAUCCGAGGCAGUGUUAACAUCGUGUAGUUUUAACCUCUGGGCCACAAAUCUUUGUGAUCAUAAUCACGAUGCUGCAGUAUACUGUUCAAAUGAAGGACUAGUCAGCGGUGUAUUUGGUUAUGACGAGAUUCGCCUUAGUAAUGGCAGCGUAGGUUAUGUGGAAAUACGACGCAACAACACAUGGGGUGGUAUUUGUGAUGACGGGUGGAGUGACAGAUCGGCAAAUGUCGCCUGCAAAGAACUGGGAUACAAAUCUGGAAGAGCGUAUAGGCAAUCAAGACACGGGAUUGCCUCUCGAGGUUUCUGGCUGGAUUACGUACAGUGUACCGGACAGGAACCGUCUCUGUCCUACUGUCUACACUCUCAGUGGACCCACGACUGCUUCACUGACGAGACGGCUUCAGUAGAAUGUUUUGGCACCGAAAUAGCCUCCUCCCUUGACUGCGAUUUCGAAUACAAUGGCCUGUGCAACUACACCAACAACCGAUCCUCCGAGAUAACGUGGUUGCUACACUCCGGGAGUACCAAUAGCCGCCUGCGGUCUGGUCCUAUAAACGAUCAUACGUAUGAGAAUGCCGAAGGGCAUUACAUCUAUGUUGAAGCGUCUGCAAAUGAUGAGAAGAAGGCGCAGUUGAUUUCCCCGGCCAACACCGUAUCCUCCCCCACGUGCCUUUCCUUUUGGUAUCACAUGUUUGGUUACGACACCGGACACUUGAAUGUGAUACGGCGUUCAACAAGCGGGGUCGACGAGAUGGUUCUUUGGCAACGAAGCGGUCCGCAGGGUAACACAUGGAAGCACGCGGAGAUCCAGCUGCCAGCGGGGACCUACCGUGUUGUGUUUGGGGCGAAGAUAGGUUUGGGUUACACGAGUGACAUAGCCCUAGACGACAUCACUGUACAGGCAGGACAAUGUAAAAACACAGAUGGCGCUCACAUAGGACUGUAUGAGAUAGCUAACAGUGACCCGGCAGUGAGAGUUGAAGCCAACGGAAAGUGGCGUUUUAUUUGUUUUGAGGGAUGGGACUACCGAGAUGCUGUGGUUGCCUGUAAGGAGCUGGGGUACCAAUACGGACGGCCCGGUAAGAUUAGGCUGGUCGGGAGUCUCGUCUACAGUGUUCACCAAAACAUACGCUGUACAGGUUCAGAAACGUCGUUAACAAUGUGUAGUGGGGAGUUUUCCGAGCCAUUCAAGUGUCGUCACAACCAAGUGGCUACGGUGGGGUGCACGUCAACUGUGGUGCCAAGCGAUAUCUACUUAGUUGGUGGCAGCCAGCCCGGGAGCGGACGAGUGGAGAUUGUGUAUAAUGGAGUCCGUGGAACAAUCUGCGACGACCAUUUUGACGACAAUGACGCCACAAUAAUUUGCAGGCGACUUGGCUAUGUGAGGGGCAAGGCUUUGAGAGGAGCUUUUUUCGGCCCUGGAAACGGAUCUAUAGUCCUAGACGAAUUGUCCUGUUACGGACUGGAGCCGGACGUAAACUUUUGUGGUUCCGUUAGCGGCCAGAGCGUGGACUGUGACCACAGCGAGGAUGCCUCCGUGGUCUGUUAUAAUACAACUGCCCCCACCAGUCAGCUUAUGACGUCACCAUAUCGCGAGAGCAUGAGUAUCUCGAGAGCGUUAGUUUAG